UUGGCCCGGCGGCCUCUUCUGGACGAGAAAGCUUUCCACGUAUCUCCGGCUUUAUGGGAGAAAGUUUAGUAAAGAAGAUCACGUUCUUUUCAUUAAGCUGUUGUAUGAACUAGUAACUAUUCCAAAAUUGGAGAUCAGCAUGAUGCAAGGUUUUGCUCGACUUUUAAUAAACUUGCUAAAAAAAAAAGAACUUUUGUCAAGAGAUGAUUUAGAAUUGCCCUGGAGACCACUUUAUGAAAUGCUGGAACGUAUAUUGUAUUCUAAGACAGAACAUCUUGGAUUAAAUUGGUUUCCAAACUCAGUAGAAAGUGUUUUGAAGACUCUUGUGAAAAAUUGUCGACUUUAUUUCCCAGAAAGUGCCACAGCAGAGAUGUUAGAUGAAUGGCGGCCAUUAAUGUGCCCUUUUGAUGUUACCAUGCAAAAAGCUAUCACUUAUUUUGAACUUUUUCUGCCUACCACUCUUCCUCCAGAGUGCCAUCACAAAGGUUUUAAGCUCUGGCUUGAUGAAUUUCUAGGGCUUUGGGUUUCAGUUCAAAAUCUUCCACAAUGGGAAGGGCAUCUAGUCAAUAUUUUUGCACGUUUGGCGACUGAUAACAUAGGUUAUAUCAACUGGGAUCCCUAUAUUCCAAAGAUAUUUACCAGAAUACUGCGAAGCUUGAAUCUUCCAGUGGGAAGCAAUCAGAUGAUGGUUCCACGAUUCCUAACAAAUGCUUAUGACAUAGGGCAUGCAGUUAUGUGGAUCACAGCUAUGAUGGGAGGACCAAGCAAGCUUGUACAAAAGCAUUUGGCUGGAUUAUUCCAAAGUAUUGCAUCUUUCUAUCAUCCCUCAAAUAAUGGUCGCUGGUUGAAUAAGCUAAUGAAGCUACUUCAGCGUCUACCCAGUAAUAUAGUCAGAAGACUGCAUCGUGAACGCUAUAAGAAGAUGAGCUGGCUAAAUCCUGUGCCCGAUAGCCAUAAGCUUACUGAUCAGGACAUAACAGAAUUUGUACAAUGCAUUAUACAACCUGUCCUGCUGGCAAUGUUUAGCAAAACUGGAAGUUUAGAGGCAGCCCAAGCUUUACAGAAUCUUGCACUAAUGCGUCCUGAGUUGGUAAUCCCACCAGUACUUGAAAAAACAUAUCCUGCGCUAGAGACAUUAACAGAACCUCAUCAGCUCACAGCUACAUUAAGUUGUGUAAUUGGUGUAGCUCGUAGCCUGGUAUCUGGGGGCAAGUCAUUUCCUGAAGGUCCAACGCAUAUGUUGCCUCUGUUGAUGAGAGCAUUGCCUGGUGUAGAUCCAAAUGAUUUUAGCAAAUGCAUGGUAGAGAGAGAACUGUGCUCUGCUACUGCUGAAUUUGAAGAUUUUGUACUGCAGUUUAUGGACAGAUGUUUUGGACUUAUAGAAAGCAGCACAUUGGAGCAAACAAGAGAAGAGACUGAAACAGAAAAGAUGACUCAUUUAGAGAGCUUAGUGGAAUUAGGACUAUCUUCUACAUUUAACACAAUCCUCACACAGUGCUCAAAAGAGAUAUUUAAGGUUGCCUUGGAGAAGGUUUUCAAUUUUGCUGUCUCAAAUAUUUUUGAGACAAGAGUGUCUGGUCGAAUGGUGGCUGAUAUGUGCCGAGCUGCAGUGAAAUGCUGUCCAGAGAAGUCUUUGAAGCUUUUUGUACCCCAUUGCUGCAGUGUUAUAACACAUCUUACUCUUAAUGAUGAUGUCUUACAUGAUGAAGAGUUAGAUAAAGAACUCCUCUGGAAUCUUCAACUUUUAUCAGAGAUCACUCGUGUGGAUGGGAAGAAGUUGCUACCAUACAGGGAACAGCUUUUGAAGAUUCUACAACGAACGCUCCAUUUAACCUGUAAGCAGGGUUACAUUCUGUCUUGUAACCUACUGCACCAUCUUCUUCGGUCUACUACGCUUAUCUACCCCACAGAAUACUGCAGUGUGCCAGGUGGUUUUGACAAGCCUCUUUCUGAAUACUUUCCUAUCAAGGAUUGGGGUAAACUUGGUGAUCUACAGAAACUUGAUAUUCAGUGGCACGUUCCUUCAGCCGAAGAAAUUGCUUUUUCUUUUGAAUUGUUGGAUACUUUUCUCCAGCCGGAGGUUGACAAACUGGAGCGGUAUUCAGAUGGAAAUCUUGAAAUGUCCAGAGAUGAUGUUCAGCAGUGUCUUACUAUAGUACACAAUUGCCUUAUUGGAUCUGGAAACAUGUUGCCAUCUCUGAAAGGAGAAAAAGUGGCUCACAUGGUUCCAAGUCUAGUGUCAUUGGAAGAGAUCAAACUUUAUACCGGUGUUGAAUAUGAUUUGUCGAAAGAGAAUUACAGGGAAAGAAUCUGCAAAGUGACAAGAAAACUCCUACACUUUGUACUUGACAACUCGGAGGAUGAUACUAAGUCUUUGUUCCUAAUCAUUAAGAUCAUUGGGGACCUCUUACAUUUCCAAGGUUCACAUAAGCAUGAAUUUGAUUCACGGUGGAAAAGUUUUAACUUGGUGAAGAAAUCAAUGGAGAAUAGGCUUCAAGGCAAGAAACAGCAUAUUAGAGCACUGCUUAUUGACAGAGUCAUGUUGCAGCAUGAGGUCAGGAACAAAGCUCAACAAGCCUUUUUCACAGCUUUGGGGACUUACAACUUUUGUUGCAGAGACAUCAUUCCUUUGGUUUUGGAGUUUUUGAGGCCAGAUGGGUACAGUGUCACCCAGCAACAAUUUAAAGGUGCCUUGUAUUGCCUUCUUGGAAAUCAUAGUGGAGUAUGUCUGGCAAAUCUUCAUGAUUGGGACUGCAUUGUCCAAACCUGGCCUGCAAUUGUCUCUUCUGGACUUAGCAAAGCAAUGUCUCUGGAAAAGCCAUCCAUAGUUAGACUCUUUGAUGACCUUGCAGAGAAAAUCCAUCGGCAGUAUGAAACAAUAGGACUGGAUUUUACUGUCCCAGAGACAUGUACUGAAGUUGCAGUCCUCAUGCAGAAGUCACUGGGUCAAAACAGUGAAUGUACAAGCCUUAGUUCAGAAGAGAUUGAGUUGGGAAUUCAGCGACAGAAAGAAAGGAAUGCCGAGUCCUCUCAAAAUUAUGAAAAUUUGAUAAAUAAACUUCUGGAUUGUGUGAAUCAAAGAAAUCUCCCUUGGAAGUUUGAGCACAUUGGCAUUGGUUUUCUCUCCCUACUUUUAAGGGAUGACAGAGUGCUACCUGUAAGAGCCAUAAAUUUUUUUGUGGAAUGUCUCAAUCAUGAUGUCUUGGUGGUUCGCAAGAUGGCAAUAUCUGCUGUGGCUGGCAUCCUUAAGCAGCUGAAAAGGCCCCAUAAAAAGAUGCUCAUCUGUCCUUUCCAAAUCAGUGGAUCCCCACAGCCUUCUACUAUCCAGGCAGGUGACAGAUCUGAUAACCAAUGGCUGCAUUAUGAGAGUGCUAGUUUACCAAAGACUAAAGAAACUUGGGAAGCCUGCAAUUUUGUGGAAAAAACACAUUGGGGAUACUACACUUGGCCUCAAAAUAUGGAAAUCUAUGCUUCUGCAGAAGAGCAACCAAAACUUGGGAGGAGUAGAAAGGAACUUUCAGAGGCGGAGCAAGUAAUUUAUGAUCACUUUUCUGAUCCUAAUUUUGUUGAGCAGUUAAUCAAGUUUCUUUCUUUAGAAGACAGAAAAGGAAAAGAUAAAUUUAAUCCUCGUAGGUUUUGCCUCUUUAAGGGUCUGUUUAGAAACUUUGAUGAUACCUUCUUACCUGUAUUGAAACCACACUUAGAACGCCUUGCUGAAGAUUCCCAUGAAAGUCCUCAACGCUGUGUGGCUGAAAUUAUAGCUGGUUUGAUAAGAGGGUCUAAACACUGGACAUUUGAAAAGGUGGAGAAUCUCUGGAAAGUUCUCUGUCCACUUCUCAGAACAGCUUUAUCCAAUAUUACAGUAGAAACUUACAAUGACUGGGGAACAUGUAUAGCAACAUCAUGUGAGAGCAGAGAUCCCAGGAAAUUGUACUGGUUGUUUGAAUUGUUACUGGAGUCUCCACUGAAUGGUGAAGGAGGAUCAUUUGUUGAUGCAUGUCGCCUGUAUGUUUUGCAAGGGGGCCUUGCACAACAAGAGUGGCGAGUGCCAGAACUGCUGCACAGAUUGCUGAAAUACCUAGAGCCUAAGCUCACCCAAGUUUAUAAAAAUGUCAGAGAGAGGAUAGGAAGUGUUUUGACAUACAUCUUCAUGAUAGAUAUUUCUUUGCCAAAUACUGCACUAACAAAGUCUCCCCGUGUCCAUGACUUCACUUCUCGAAUACUUGAAAAACUCAAACCCCUUAUGGAAGCGGAUGAAGAAAUUCAGAAUCACGUUAUGGAAGAAAAUGGAGUUGGAGAUGAAGAUGAACGAACUCAGGGCAUUAAACUACUGAAAACUAUUCUAAAGUGGUUGAUGGCAAGUGCAGGGAGAGCUUUUUCUACAGCUGUUACAGAACAGCUUCAGCUUUUGCCAUUGUUUUUCAAGAUUGCGCCUGUAGAAAAUGAUCAUAGCUAUGAUGAAUUGAAGAGAGAUGCUAAAAUGUGCUUAUCAUUAAUGUCUCAGGGAUUACUGUAUCCUCAACAAGUGCCUUUGGUACUUCAGGUGCUAAAACAAAUUGCAAAGAGUAAUUCCUGGCAUUCUAGAUAUACUGUGCUAAUCUACCUCCAGACUAUGGUAUUUUAUAAUCUUUUUAUCUUCUUAAACAAUGAAGAAGCUGUGAACAACAUCAGAUGGCUGGUUAUAAAACUAUUAGAAGAUGAACAGCUUGAGGUGAGAGAGAUGGCUGCUACCACUUUGGGUGGUUUGCUCCAGUGCCACUUCUUGGAGAUUGAUAGCCCUAUGCAGACUCAUUUUGAGCAGCUCUGUAAAAUGAGACUUCCAAAGAAAAGAAAACGAGACCUCAGUACUGUAGUGGAUACCAUUCCCCCUGCAGAUUUAGUUAAACGCCAUGCUGGCGUGCUUGGACUAAGUGCAUGUAUUUUGUCCAGUCCCUAUGAUGUGCCCACAUGGAUGCCUCAACUUUUGAUGGAUCUUAGUGCGCAUCUGAAUGAUCCCCAGCCUAUUGAGAUGACAGUAAAAAAAACAUUGUCCAAUUUCCGGAGAACUCACCAUGAUAACUGGCAGCAGCAUAAGCAACAAUUCACUGAUGACCAGCUGCUUGUCCUUACAGAUCUUUUGGUAUCACCAUGCUAUUAUGCAUAAAAGAGUGAGACUGUGUUGUAAAAUCUGUACCCUUGGGCUAUUUCGGAAUGAUCUUCUUGAUAUCCAGCUUGACAUAGCAAAAUGUCACCUUUCAAACAGUGCCUUGUAAUUUUUAGACUCAUUAAAUGAAACCAAUACUGUCUAGCCUUUU